UAGGUUUUAGUUAAUUAGUUGGCUUUGAUCGAGUAGGAUGCAGGCCUCCGUAGCUCGAUCAGUUCUUGGGCUUGCGGCCCUAGCCCUUCUUGGUGUACUUGCUGUUCAAGCAGUGCCUGUGAAAGAAAAGGCGACCCCGAAGGACGAUCCUAUUUCUUAUCGGUUACCGAAUAAUACGCGACCAAUUACUUACGAUGUACAUAUAACCACGCGUGUCGAUAAGGGAGAUUUCACUUUUACGGGUCAAGUCCUGAUUGUCCUGCAAGUGUACGACACAACUUCCGAUAUUACUAUUCACGCCCGUCAACUUACUAUAAAUUCGAUCAAUUUAACAUCCGCUUAUCUAAGUCCAGAAGUGUUUCCAGUUACCUAUAGUUAUGAUAACACAACGGAAUUUUUGAAAAUAGUUCCAAACACGCCCUUGCCGAAGGACUACUAUCGGUUGUAUAUAGAAUAUCAAGGGGAACUCCGGACGGAUAAUGCUGGAUUCUACUUGUCAACAUAUACGGAUGAUAAUGGCAAUACGGUCAACCUCGCGACCACCCAGUUCGAAGCGACCGAUGCUAGACAUGCUUUCCCAUGCUAUGAUGAGCCGGCAAAGAAAGCCAUAUUUAGACUUUCCUUCACACACGGCAGUAGUUAUACAGCCAUUUCGAAUAUGCCAGUUAUAGAAAGUCCUAUUGACAAUGGAGAUGGAACUUCGACAACAACUUUCCGUCAGACAACUCUGAUGUCAACCUACCUGCUCGCUUUCAUCAUAUCGGACUUUAAAUCAACCGAACUGCAAGGCAGAAUACCACACCGAAUGUUCUCACGAGCAAGUACUCUAAAUGAUCAGAAAUUUGCCUUAGAAACGAGCGUUAAGACCUUGGAAGCAAUAGAAGAUUACUUGAAUGUAUCUUACAAAUUGCCCAAAAUGGAUAACGCCGCCAUUCCAGACUUUGCGGCAGGUGCAAUGGAAAAUUGGGGGUUAGUCACGUACCGAGAAGAGUUUCUUUUGUACAGUGAGGGACAAUCAACUACGUCAACUCAAAAUAGUAUUACAACAACUAUCGCUCACGAAUUUGGUCAUCAGUGGUUUGGAGAUUUGGUCACCCCUCUUUGGUGGACAUAUGCAUGGUUGAAUGAAGGGUUCGCAUCAAUUCUUGCAUACAUUGCAGGAGACGCGGCAUACCCAGAGUGGGAUAUUUGGCAAGAUUUCCAUGUUUCAGAUUUCCAACGAGCUCUCUUGUCUGAUGGAGUAGUCAAUCCCCGACCCAUGACUCACUACAUUGAAGCACCAAACGCCAUCUCAGGCGUUUUCGAUUCCGUGAUUUACUCAAAAGCGGCCAGCGUUCUGAUCAUGUUACGCCACGCCUUUACGGAUAAUACGUUUAAAAAGGCUCUCAACGAUUACCUCAACAAGAUGGAAUACGAAUCUGCUGAAGAGGACGAUUUAUUCGAAAGUUUCCAGAAAGCGGUUCAGGAGGAUAACAUUUUCCCAUCCGGAAGCAAUGUUGAUUUGUUCAAGAUGCUCAAAUCCUGGACUAACCAAGGAGGUUUCCCAUUGAUAACUGUUACUCGUAACUACGAUAAAGGAACGUUUGUAAUUACCCAACAACCAUUCGAUGGAAGCAGUUCCGCUCCAAGCUCCGACAAGCGAUCUUGGUGGGUUCCCUUCAACUUCGCCACUGCCAAGGAUCCUCACUAUAAAGUAACAGAAAUGUAUGACUACUUGAAUGUGGGAGAAUCAUCAAAAGAAGUUUCACAAACCACCGGAAAUCAAUGGGAGAGUAGCGAUUGGAUUGUCCUGAAUAAGAGGUCGACUGGAUACUACAGAGUCAACUAUGAUAUCGACAACUGGAAGCUUAUAACCCUGGCAUUGACAAAAGAUCUAGCCCAGUUCCAUGUGAAUAACAGAGCACAACUUCUUGAUGAUUCGUUUAGGCUGGUCCUUGCUAAGAUCUUGAAAUUCGAAACCUUCCUUGACCUGUCGGUCUACCUUCAAAAAGAAAGUGACUACGCUCCGUGGUUGACCGCCGACAGAUACCUGUCCACAAUUAAUCGCUAUUUGAAUGGUGAUAGCGAAUAUGAACUAUUCCAAUUCUACGUUGGAAAAAUUGUCGAAAACUUUUACCAAGAUGCUGGAGUUACCGAAAAUAGUGAUGAUGAGCAUUUGCUUAAAACAUCGCGAAAUACUGCUAUCAAUUGGGCCUGUCGAUCAAACUACGGUGACUGCUUAGAAGUUACGAAUAACCGACUCCGUGAAUACAUCGAUAUCGGCAAAAAAAUUGAGCCCAACUUGAGGACUAGCAUCUUCUGCAAUGGUUUGACGAAAGCAGGGGAAAAAGAAUUCAACUAUCUCCUUAACGAGGUUAUGAGCUCUGAGGAUCAGGCUUUCCGACGCCAAAUGAUGACAUCAGUGCUUGGUUGCGUGCAAGAUGUCAACUUGAUCCAGCAAUAUCUUGAAACAUCUAUUAAGAGUGAUGGCUCUGUAAACUAUCGAGUACAAGAACGUACUUAUGUGAUUCCUGGGGUCGUCGAUAAAGGACCAAUUCAGUUGGCGGCAGCAAUCGACUUCCUGAUCGAAAACCAUGCCAAGUACAAUGAGCUGUCAUCCGGCUGGACCAAAGUUAAUCCGUUGUUAUCAGUAAUCCGUUCUAUUGCAAGUGUGAUAGUCAACGAAGAACAACAGGCCCAUUUCGAGCAACUCCUCACGAAAUUGAAUGGUUAUGACGAUAUCCAACAAUCUGACUUCGAUGGAGUACGUGCUACUGUUAAAACUAAUCUGGACUGGAUUAAAGCGCAUCGUGAUGAGUUGAUUGCAUGGCUCAAAAACUUCAAAUCCACAAAUGGAGGAGAGGUAGAGGGUAGUGGAGAUGGUGGCGACGGAGCUGCCACUAUUGUUGCAUCAACUGCAGCGAUGUUAGUUGCCACUUUUGUAUCUAUAAGAUCUUGGUUAUAAGUUAUACAUAUGACUUGCAUCUGUUUUUAUAUCUGUAUAAUGUAGAUAUUAAAUAUUUUAAUAUUCGCCAAA